CUGAUCCUCGCUAAGCUCCGAGUUCAGGCGGCACCGGGCGUCCCACGAUGCCGAAGAAUAAGAAGAGGAACGCUCCCCACCGCGGUGGCAGUAGUGGCAGCGGCUCAGGGGCUGCUGCAGCGACGGCGGCGACAGCAGGUGGUCAGCAUCGAAAUGUUCAACCUUUUAGUGAUGAAGAUGCAUCAAUUGAAACAAUGAGCCACUGCAGUGGUUAUAGCGAUCCUUCCAGUUUUGCUGAGGACGGACCUGAAGUCCUCGAUGAGGAAGGAACUCAAGAAGACUUAGAGUACAAGUUGAAAGGAUUCAUUGACCUAACACUUGAUAAGAGUGCCAAAACAAGACAGGCAGCUCUUGAAGGCAUUAAAAAUGCACUGGCUUCAAAAAUGCUUUAUGACUUUAUCCUGGAAAGAAGAAUGACUUUAACAGACAGUAUUGAACGCUGCUUGAAAAAAGGUAAGAGUGAUGAACAGCGGGCAGCUGCGGCAUUAGCAUCUGUUCUUUGUAUUCAGUUGGGCCCUGGAAUUGAAAGUGAAGAAGUUUUAAAAGCACUUGGACCAAUCUUAAAGAAAAUUAUUUGUGAUGGAACAGCUAAUAUCCAGGCUAGGCAAACUUGUGUAACUUGUUUUGGUGUUUGCAGUUUCAUUGCCACAGAUGACAUCACUGAGCUAUAUUCAACUCUGGAAUGUUUGGAAAAUAUCUUCACCAAGUCCUAUCUUAAAGAGAAAGACAGUAAUGUUACUUGUAGCACCUCUAAUACAGUGCUUCACAUCAGUUCACUUCUAUCAUGGACAUUGCUACUAACCAUAUGCCCAAUUAACGAAGUGAAGAAAAAACUUGAAGUGCAUCUCUAUAAACUACCAAAUCUUCUCUCAUCUGAUGAUGUGAACAUGAGAAUAGCUGCUGGUGAAUCUUUGGCACUUCUGUUUGAAGUGGCCAGAGGUAUGGAGAAUGACUUUUUUUAUGAAGACCUGGAGUCUUUGACUCAGAUGCUUAGGGCUUUGGCUACAGAUGGAAAUAAGCACCGUGCUAAAGUUGACAAGAAAAAGCAGCGGUCAGUGUUCAGAGACAUCCUAAGGGCGGUGGAGGAGCGGGAUUUUCCAACAGAAACGGUUAAAUUUGGUCCUGAACGAAUGUAUAUAGAUUGCUGGGUCAAAAAGCAUACAUAUGACACUUUUAAGGAGAUUCUUGGAUCAGGGGUGCAGUACCACUUGCAGUCGAAUGAAUUCCUUCGCAACGUGUUUGAACUUGGACCCCCAGUGAUGCUUGAUGCUGCAGCACUGAAAACAAUGAAGAUUUCUCGAUUUGAAAGGCAUUUGUAUAAUUCUGCUGCCUUCAAAGCCCGGACAAAAGCUCGAAGUAAAUGCCGAGAUAAGAGAGCAGAUGUUGGAGAAUUCUUCUAGGUUUUCUGCACCUGAAGAUUACUUUUUAAUUUUAAUUUUUAUUUUGUUGUAAUUUGUAAUGUAUUUAAACUCUGAAGAUAGUUUUUAUCUCUGGUCAACAUAGAUAGCUUUUGUAUUGGAUUAUAUUGCUUAUAAUUUAAUGUAUAGUAUUGCUAAUGAGGAAUUCACAUUGAACAUUCUCUGUAAAUAUAACCAGUAAAUAUGAUUAAAUUGUAAUGUCUGAAUAUUUUCUAUUUAUGAAGUGAGCAUAAACAUAGUAUUUCACAAUAAGAAAAACUAUUAGCCAAGGUUAAAUUUGUUAGUAUUAUGGUUGUAAUCAUUGUGUGUGUGUGUGUGUGUGUGUGUGUGUGUGUGUGUGUGUAUGGUUUUAAAACUUAGAUCUUUUAGACAAAUAAGUUCUGGAUGCAAUUUUGGGAGCUAGUUCUGAAAGGCUGCUAUGAUUUUCAUUUUCAGUGGAAUCACCGGGAUCAACAAAGGGAAUUAUUACAUGAGACCUAAUAGCUACUAUAAAAGGCCAUUCAGUCCAGCCUUUGGGAGUUCAUGAUGAAUUAACAUGCCAGAACACUACUUUUGUCUGUUGUGUAAGAACUUAGGUGCUUUACCUUGAAAUAAAGAAGUUUUCACACUAAAA